UUAUCUUAGAAUAAGAUUAUUCUCCUCGUCUGUUUAUUUUGGGUUAAACUAGGCACAUCUUCGGGGACACUGAAGGAAAGGAUACGAGGACGGAUAUAAUCUGGCGAUAAACAAAUUAGAGUACCUGAUACCAAGUUUAAAAAUGAAAUCGAUUACUUUCUAACUUUCACUUCUCGCAGUGACUGAAAGAGCUUUCCGUUAAGAUGAGGUGUCUACAUAAAAGAAUCUGUAUAUGAUGUUGGUUUCUAUCUUAAUUAUGUUCUAGAACUAGGAUUAUUCUACAUAUGAACACUUUAGUUUUUUUAAAAUGACACACUUAGUUUUAAAACUUGCGAGUUGUUUUAAAGUUAGACCGAACUACUUGUUAUUUUUAAAGACAAUAAAGCUAUCACCAUGUGUGAGUUCCUUUGGGACCAGCUCUCAAGUUGUGAUGGAGAAAAGAAAUUUUUUAGGCCUAAAUGUUAAUAUUCAUGACACAUUAGUUUCCAAAAACUUCAGAGCCAGGAACAGCAUUUUAUCCAAGUUAAAUUGUACACCUCUUCAAAAAAGAAACUUUGAGACACGUUCAACAAAUGAAGGUCAAAGAAACCUGAACAGAGUUGAUGAGGAAACUCUCAAAUCACAAAUGAGCCUUCGUCUUAUGAAUGAAAAUGGUUUUUUAUCCUGGUGUCGGAAUGCCUAUCUGUCUACUGUUGUUGGAGCUGCUAUGAUAACAGAGGGAGGAACAGCCUUAUCUCUUGAUGCAGGAAUUGCUGCUCUGUUUGUUGGAACCAUGAACCUUUACUGGGGAACAGCUUGUCAUGUGACCAACCUUGUGCGGCUCAGACAGGUUAUGGGGAUGUCUAACCUCAUUCUCUUUUUAAACAUUUUUGGUGCUGUCCUACACUGUCUUAUAUGGAGCUUUGCUAUUAUUUGUUAUUUAGGGUUUUUGGAUGAAGCAAGUAGUGAUGCGCCGAUAGUAAAAACUCUUAGGCAUAAGAAAAGUAAUGAGAAUAGUGAGGUCCAGUAAUUAAAUUAUUGAACAGAAUUCUUAAAGAAUUACUGGUAGAGGAUUUUAUUAUAGUUAGUGGAUUGACAAAUCUUUUACUGUUAGCUUUGCAUAAUUUGUGCUAUUGUCGAUUGAGCACAAAACCAUUUUUAAAUAAUUUAAUACUGCUAAAAGUAUAAUGUAUUCUAGAAGCUUUGUCUACGACAAGGGGCAUAAUCACGGUAUUGGAACACAUAGAAAUGUUAUCAAAGGUUAGCUGCCUUCUUCAGUACAAUACUUACAGUGGGCUAUUUAUUUUUAGUAAACCCACACAUAUUUAUUCCUUUUAAGUUGUUUACCUUUCCCUGUGUCUCUUCUGAAAUUAUUAAAAAAUGAAAUUAAUUUUGCUAAAAUAAGUAGGCCUAAAUGUAAUUGUUGAAUGCUUUAAAAUGCCAUGUAAAAAAAUUCAGGGUUAUUUUAUUCUUGUGCAUUGAAAUUUUUCAGUCUUCUCUAUUUAUUAAAUAGUGUAGAAAUAAAACUAUCAGACUAUCAGGUUUUUUUUUUGGAAAAAAAAUUUUUAAUAGCUUUGUGUCUUCAAUAUCAAUGGGUUUUUUUCUGCUUGAGGGUAGGAACUUGUGAUUUCAAUGCAUUUGUUUAUUCUAAAGAAUUAUCUUGUAUCUCAUAAUGAGCCAAAUGGUAUGCCAAAAAAAUAUCAGACUGAUUUAGAUACAAACAAGUACUACAGAGGUACUGUAUAUUAUAAGUAAUGACAUUGUGUGUGGUUUUAUUUGCGCAUUACCUAUUAGACCCCUGUUAGUGCUGGCAUUUUAAAUUUCUUUGUACUAACUGACUUGAUGGUAUGAUUCUUGGAACAAACACUAGAAUAUUAGGCAACUCUCUGCUUGUAUGUUUGUCAUGAUUGUUGCAGCUGCAUAUCUUCUGGUAACGUUAACUCGAUAUAAGAACAGUUUGGCUCACAUGCAUCAAUCAACGUUAUAACUUAGUAGUUUCCAAAUGAUAAGCCUUUGUUAAAGCUACUAAACUGGUUAUGUUAAAUUAAAAUGAAAUAAUUCAACCCCCAAUAAUUGAGCUAGUUCCCAAUAAUUUUUUUAAGCUAGUUGUGUUGAAUUAUAAUAAAUUUUUAUUCACCCCUAAUAAUUUGUCUGUUUCCUCUUGAUUGAAUAAAAUUUCAUAGCUAGUUACGUUGAAUUAAAAUUAUCCAUAUGCUUCUGUUAUUUUGUGUGUAUAAUUUAUAAAAAUCGAACCCGGUGCUAAUUUUGUGAUAUAAAAACAAAUUUCCAAAUCCAAGCAAGUGAAGGAUUUGUUUUGUUGUAUUGUUUUAUCAUAACAAUAUUGUGCAAUUAGCCUUGGGUUAAAUUGUGAAAGGGAUUAAUAUCCAAUCUAUCUUUUUGUAAUAAAUAAUGUUAAUAUAUUAUUUAAAAGAUGAUACACCAAAUAAAGUUUUAUAUUUUGC